CGAUGGCAACGCCACCGGCGGAGGGUGGUGGAAACAGCCGGCCGCGUUUCCCCCGUUCGGGGGCACGAGCAGUGCGGCUUGAUCCGCGGCGCCGGCCGAAUCAGCCAGCCACAGCUCGCGAGGAGGACGCACGACCGCGUCCGCCGUGCCCUUACGACGUGCCGUGCCGGAAACGAUGAAUGAAAAUGCGGCCGGGGGUGCGCGCGAGUCCGCCGAUGUCGCGGCGAGAUCGACCCCGAAUUAGAGCGAGCGUCGAGCAGUGCCGCGUCACGCCGAUUUUUCAGUCGUCCGUGAUGAUGACGCUCGGCGAGGCCGUCGAGCGCCAUUGAGACUGCUACUGCUUUAUUUCGCCGCGUCGACCGGAAGUGUCGCGGCCCCAAAAGUGAAUUCUCCGUUUCCGUUUCUUUUCCUUUCGUUUCCUGCGCCCUCGUCGCUUACACGUCGCUUCGCUCGAUGCGAUGCGGGAAACGGAAUGCGGCUCGGAAUCGCUCGGCGAGGCUUGCCUCGUGAAACCGUCUGAUCGCGCGCGUGCCGACAGUGCAGCCCGCAGCCCCCGCAGGCCGCGAUCAACGCGGCUCGCGAUCACGCGAUCAUGGAUGUACGAGGAUCAAGAGUGACCAGUGCGGGACCGCGGCGAGGAGUGCGCGGGCCGAGCGGGUGUCCGCGAAACCGUGGGCUCGAGGAAACUCGACUCGAGGGCCACCACGGAGGACAACUCCGGUUCAUCCGGGAUGCGUCAGACACGCGAUAAUCGUGCGUGAACGAGCCGCCGACACAUAAGACACUUGUGAUCAACGAAGGAGAGAACUCGCGAACACACUUCGAGCGGGGGAAAGCCGGACGCGCAGGAUGUGACGUCACGACGUUAAUUUCGCGACGACGACGACGACGACGACGAGACCGGGGACGAGGAAGAAUCGCGCCGUCAUAAUCUCGCAGCUCGGCCGACGGGCGGAUAUUAAUCCGACGGCGUCCGUAUCCGCCUGGCGAGACUGCAACCUGACGGGUUUCGGGUCACCGCCGUUGGACAGCGGGAAACAAGUCGAAGAAAAACAGAAGAAGAUGGACACCGAAGCGGAGCGCUCGAGGACGACGGAGCAACCGCGAGUGCUGCCGCGAUCGUCGAGCACGCGUCGCGUGCCGACUCGACGCGCGCGCGUCUAAUUGAAGGAAGAAAAGAAACAAGAUCAAACGAGACCAUGUCCUACCACGGCCACGACCUCCAAAGAUGGCGAGCGGACGCACGCUCGCGAUGACCUGACGGGCGCCAACAGUGACGACUCCGUCGCACGCAUACACACCGAGAGCGACACCUCUUCUUCGACAUCCGCGGCCUCUCCGCAGCAAGAUGGCGGACGCGCGAGACGAGCGCAAGCCGCAGCGCGACCGGUGAAGGACGUCGCCUUGCCGAGGGUCCUCGGGAGUCCAAGCGGCUUCAGCUAUCGGCUUGGUCCAAUCAACAGCCAAGAUCAUCCCUAUCCAUCCAGCCAGCCGGCCAGCCUCGUUCCUACCGAUCACCAUCGCCACCAUCAUGCUGAACAUCAUGGCGGCGAUGUCGACGAGCCUGCCGAGCGGCCGGCUGGAGCCGACCUCCUCGAGCAUCAUCAUCAGCAACGCGAGCGACGCAGUGUCGAGUGCCGCGACCACCGCCAGCACGGCGGCGGCGGCGGCGGCGGCGGUGGCGUCGUCGUCGUCGAGCACGGCGGCGAACAACGUGACGGCGUCGUCGGUAGGCAACCCGACGGUGGAGAACCUGCCGGAGCACGUGAACGCGCUGGUGGUGGUGAUCAAGGGCAUCAUCAUGGGCAGCAUCAUCACCACCGCGGUGUUGGGCAACAUGCUAGUGAUCGCGAGCGUACGCCGCCACCGCAGGCUCCGGGUGGUCACCAACUGCUAUGUGGUAAGCUUGGCGGCGGCCGACCUGCUGGUGGCGAUGUGCGCGAUGACGUUCAACGCGUCGGUCGAGCUGUCGGGCGGCCGCUGGCUCUUCGGCGCGAUCAUGUGCGACCUGUGGAACUCGCUGGACGUGUACUUCUCCACCGCCUCGAUCUUGCACCUCUGCUGCAUCAGCGUCGACCGCUACUACGCGAUCGUCAGCCCGCUCGAGUACACGGUCAUCAUGCGGCAGAGCACGGUCGGCUGCAUGCUCGGCAGCGCUUGGAUCUUACCGGCGCUCAUCAGCUUCAUACCUAUCUUUAUGGGCUGGUACACCACUGACGAGCACUUGGACUUCAUGGUCAAGCAUCCGGAGGUGUGCGCGUUCGUGGUGAACCGUCCGUACGCGGUCAUCAGCUCGUGCGUGUCCUUCUGGAUCCCCGGGCUGGUGAUGAUCGUCAUGUACUGCAAGAUCUACAAGGAGGCGAUCCGCCAGCGGAAGGCGCUCAGCCGGACGUCGAGCAACAUCGUGCUCAAUAGCGUGCACCACCACCGCUCCACCCGACAUCACCAUCAUCAGCAGAUGCUGCUGCAGGCCGCGGCCGAUACCGGUGAGCUAGCUCUUCACACCGCGCAUUUCACGGUGCCCACGGAGCUCCACGCCGUUAACGGUACCUCGAUACGACAACAAACGAAGAGUUGGAGAGCCGAGCACAAAGCCGCGAGGACACUCGGUAUCAUCAUGGGAGCGUUCAUACUUUGUUGGCUGCCGUUCUUUCUCUGGUACCUGACGACGUCCCUAUGCGGCGAGACUUGCUACUGUCCGGACACGGUGGUCUCGGUGCUCUUCUGGAUCGGCUACUUCAACAGCGCCCUGAACCCGCUCAUCUACGCGUACUUCAACCGCGACUUCCGCGACGCCUUCAAGGACACCCUGAAGAGCGCCCUGCCGUGCUGCUCCAGCUGCUGGAAGACGCCGUCGCAAUUUGUGUAGCCCGACACGAGAAGCCACAAGCCUCGCCACGGACACUUUUUCACCUCCUGGUUCUCCCCUCUGGCCCGCCCGCGAACAGCGAGUUCGCGCUUUCACCCCCGCCCCGUUUGUUUUUCUUUCCAUCUCUCUCUCUCUCUCUCUCUCUCUCUCUCUCUCUCUUUUUUUCCAAUGAUACGAUUUCGAGGCGGAAUCGAGCAGCCACGCGUGCGGGAGCGCUUCGUUUCGGCGAUUUUCGCGCCAGUCGACACGCGAAUGUCGAGCUCGCAAUUAACGCUUAUUGCCCGGUUCUAUCGACUGCACGCGCCGCUAAUUUUUCCGCGUUACUCGCAACUUUGUACAACGGGGGAGCGAGAGGGGCGAGCGAAAGAGAGGGCGGACCGCGUUAGGUCGAUCGUUAAUUGUCGCCGCGCGGCUUUCCGUCGUAAAGCGCCCUCUCGUUUUUUAUCUGACCGCUCUGUGUAACCUGCGCUGGCUGCUGUUGGCGACGUGUGAUGUAUGACGGGAUUGCGCGUUUCCACUGCUGAUUCGAAGUAAUACACGUUGAUGCGAACUCGAAAUUGGAAGCGAGUAAUGGCUUCGCUCUCGAGCCGAACGCGAUCGCGGCGCGACUUUAACGCGUCGAUUUCCGCGCCGAUUGUAUGGAAGUUCGACCGACAGCUCGAUAGCCGAAGACGCGGAAAAGUCGGUGCGAUCGGGAAAACGCGAUUUCGUAUCUUUCGCUGCCUUUCCGCCGGUCGAGCGAGCAAUUUCCCUUCAGGGCGAUGCACUUGGUUAUAUUUCGUUUGCUGAAAAAAUUGGGCUAAGAGGAGCUAAGCCCCGAGGUCCCGCAGUUUUUGUCACACAAACCGGGGGUGGAACGAAACCGGGGAGGAAGCCAAAUCCACGCGUUUACGACGUAGAAAUUCCAACUAAAAAUUCGGCCAACAAUAAAAGCUCAAUCGGAGCCGGGACACAGCCAACGGCGAACGGCGAAAUGUCGUCUCGACAAUAAAAAGUUAUCGGCGGUAAAACGUAGUUAGCGAAUGAGCGAUGCGGUUCCUCCAAAAAGUCGGACGAACCGAAAAAUCGUCGCGCAACACUGCACAAAACUGCACAUUUUCGCCCUUAGCCGAGAGACUGAGUAAAUCGGACGAUGAAUAAACAACCGUACCACGAUUGUCGCCACGAUGAUGCGUGUCGGUUCGUCCUACACAAUCGCUCUGUUCAAUUAAAUCCUUUCUCGCGCAGGAGCCAACGAUUUGAAAACACUAAAGUCUCGCUGAGAGGAUCAGUCGGCUCGCGCUCAGUCGGCCAUGCGCGACUCUGAAAUUGGGUUCGUUUAGCUCGACUCGUGCGCUCCCGCGGCUGAUCCUUUUUCGCACACGCGCGCAGCUUAAUUAAAGACGCGACCUUCGAUGUGUUAACAGGACGCGCGGUUGUCCUCUUGGUUGUCCGGCGGCGGCGGCGGCCCGACGAGACUCGCCGUUUCACGGCGCGUUUUCAUUCCGCGUCCCGUUAAUUCAGAAUAUUAAAGCAAAUGCCGUAACACGUUACGCGCUGAGAUUAUCGACCGUGAUAGCAGCAGGGCGUUGACUCGAGACGCGGAGGGACACUCCUGAGGAAAGGGCUGAACGCGGAAGCGCGGCGCGCCGCGAGUUCCUGCGAUUCUACGCGUACGCGAGUUAAGUUUAUGGCCGGCUGCGCGCAACGACGACGCGGGCAACGUCCCUCGUUAACCCUUAAAUGCACAGUGCGCGCGUGCGAGAGAGGGCCAAUAAUAUUGUAUUUUUCGCGCGUCAUGCGAUACGUAUCUCGGCGCGCUCUCUCGGUGUUUUGCCGCUUCGCCGAUCGAGCAAAAAUGAAUGUCCCGCUAUCUCAUUUCCCGCGAAACGCGCAAUUUUCGCGAUGUCGAUAUUUCGAUCCCCCUCUCCCACCCCUCGCACCGCCCUCUAUCCCUCUAUCACUCUUACCCCCUUCGCGUUUUUCAUUUUCCCUUAAUUUUCCCAGGGGCGGCGUCAGGAUAUUUUUCAGUUUUCAUGAGCGCAAAUGAAUGUCAAGUGUUUUCUUUCGUUUUAUAUACACAGCAAGCGUACGUAGAAAAAGAGAAAGAGAGAGAGAGAGAGAGAGAGAGAGAGAGAGAGAGAGAGAGAGAGAGACGGAGAAGGAGAGGGAGAAAAAAUCUAACGAGAAUUUAAUAUUUCCUUUCCUCGUUUCUCUUUCCACCGCCUCUGACAUUGUUGCUUUAUUUAUCCGGGGAUGAAUGCGGAAUUGUUUCGAGCGCGAUGAAGUUCGUGAUAAUACUCCCUCUCUCAGGACGGGGAGAAAGAGAGAGGGGGAGAGAAUUUACCGUCUCGACGAUAAUAUUACGAUUAAUAUUAAAUAUUAAUAUUACAAAUUGCAUAUAUAUCCAUUUCGAGUUUAACGAUUUGUGAAUGCGUCGUUACGCCGCUUAAUUCGGCAAGGCGGACGCGCGAGGGAGACUAUUGUUGUUAUUAUUAUUAUUAUUACUAUUAUUAUUAUUAUUAUUUGCGAAACCGUCCUACGCCCCUCUCCAUGGACUGUUAUUCCCACCGGCUUAUUAUUAAACCCGCGCUGCGCGGCGUUCAACGAUAAAUUAUGAGCGCGAUAGGAGCGUGAUGUAUAAAAAUGCAUAACCGAGCGUGCACAUUUAUUAAAAAUUACGCGAACAGCUUUCCUGGAGUCUACUCGUCAUCGUCAUCCUCGUCGUUUUCAGGGCGACGGAGCAAUCGGCAGGUAAUUGCUUGCUCAUGUAAUCGCCCGAGGUGCAAUCGGCAACGCAAUCUGCGCCGUAGCACCGUCGACGAAUCGCAUCCGAUAUUUUCGGGCUUCGCGCGUACAGCGGGGAAUUAAUUAAUCAGCGAAUAAAUUUUCGGAAACCUUCUCACACCUGAUUCCUGUAAAUUCAAUACGAAAGGUAUUCAAAUUACAUUGUGUGUGAUCGCGUGUUUAUGUGACAACAAAUGAAUAUUUAUUCUAACCUAAUCUAACCCGCUAUAGUAUACUUGCUCCGUUUUUUAAUUCCAAACAUUUGCGCUGAAAGGAUCAAGUGAUUACGGCACUGGGUAAACUAAAAAAAAAAAAGACACAAGAUCUCACAACAGUACGCAAGCUUGCCGGGGAAAGUAGUGCGACGUAAUCAGCGCGAGACACCUAACAUUAUCGAAAGUUUGCGAGCGCUGAACUUCUUCCUCGCUGAAAAUCCAUUUAGAGCCAUUCAUUUGAGAUCGCUUCAAGUGUUUUUCCUAUCGGAACCCGGCGAUAGGAUUCCGUGGAUUUAUAGGUUUCCGGAAGUUCCGCUUAAUCGGAGUCAUCGGUGCGAACUCAAGACGCCGGUCGACCAACGAGUAUCGGCUGAGAGGCGAGGGGACCUCCUCACUUUUUCUUCCUUUUUGUCGCCGCGCAAUAAGCAUUAAUUUGUGAACGCCCGCCGAGACGGAAAGUCUCCCACGCGCAAACGCGGACCCAUGGGGCGAGCUCGACCCCGGCGAGUAAUCGCUCCCUCCUCGGGAGUGUUCGAUAUUUAAUUCCCAUCGUCGUCGAUUACUUCGCGAGAUCUCUUCGCGCUCUUAAUUGGAAGCUUUCGGGAAACGAGAGUGUGAGAGAGAGAGAGAGAGAGAGAGAGAGAGAGAGAGAGAGAGAGAGACAGAGAGAGAGAAGAACGGGCUUGCGCUAGGGGUGAAAUCUGUGCGCGAUACAAUCAUGACUUCUCCCGAUGCCGGUGAAUCAAUUUUCCCCCCACGGGGGAUCCGACGCGUCUCACGCGCGUUUGCGGAGUAAAUAACAACCGCAGUCGCCGCUGGAUUUCCCUUCACCUUGUUCCUCCUGCUUUCCUUCCGGACGAGAGCCGGGCGCAGCGGAAAUCCACGAGGAGCGAUGUCGCGCAGCCACGUGGAAUAUGAAUACGCGCCCUCGCAGGGCACGGGAGAGAGGGGGCGUGGCGAGAACGGGGCGGAGAGGAGAGAUUUGUUAAUCUGUGUUUACCCUGUAAAUAUGUCGAGAAGCCUAGGUUUACGGGUGAGAAUGAGAGAGAGAGAGAGAGAGAGAGAAAGAAAGCGGAAGUGCGAUGGGACGAUAAAUAAGGGGAGAGGGCGAGAGGGAGCAGUGUGCUAAUUAGAUGUAAUUACUAGCACCGGCGCGCGAGGCUGUAUCAUAUGUAACUUGCGACACUUAUUAACGCGGCGAGGUCGCGCACAUGUGUGUAAUGUCACGAUAAUCGCGAAAACAAUGCAAUUAACGCCGCGAUGGAUUAGUAACGCAUAAAGACGCCGCGUCUACGCGCCCCAUUUAUAUCCAUCGCCAUCGAUCCGCCGCUGCACCCGAGAAACAACAAGGGCCAUGCGCCCCCCCUCCCACACCCUCCACCCCACCGCCGAAUUCUCCCCGAUAACGAUAACGAUAACACGACAAGCGCCACGCUGAUGAUCACUCCUGCUGAUUGCAAUCAACGCUCGACUCAACUUCCGGCCGCCAAGGACGCGGCGCAUCGAAUCUGGCUGUGCGUUUUCGCGCGUAAAUCGACGAGAGAGAGAGAGAGAGAGAGAGAGCUGAUCCGGCGACAUCACAGCGUCGCUCACAUCGUCGGGCUUCGUCUCAAGCCUCCGCGACAGCGGAAGGUCUCCGGAAGCUUCGGCGGCAAAUUUUCCAAGCCUCGCCGCGAGGCUGCCGCGCGCUCGCGGCUUUUUAUCGAUACGAUCCAUCGCGCGCGAAAGAGAGAGAGAGAGACCGCCUGUAUAAUAAAUGUACCAUAUAGCAUAAUAAAGCGGAGAGAGAGGGGCUGUGUAAAUAUAACACGUAA